GGGGGGUGAACAAACAUAGCAGUAAAUUUGUUGCGUUUUUAAUCGACGCAAUGGAGAGAUUCUGGUAGUUUUACAAAACCAUGCAGAUUGAGAAGAUUGGAUUUCAGGUUUAAUAAGCCUUUCACAUGCCAUGUGUAUGUAUCUAAGCUGUUUCCUCCUCGUGUUUAAUUCCAAGUUUGUAUUCAAGUUCAUCUUGAACAAACUCUGACAUUAACAUGAAAUCCAGCGGACCUGUGUUUACGAGGCAGAAUCCUUUCCCACCUGCAUCCACUGCGAAGAGGGGACACUACCACCUAUCACGCAAGCAGUCUCUGUCAAAAAAAGAGAAACAAAUUACUCUAAGUCCUGUUCGUUUACAUCCAAGCAGGCGUGAAAAAUCGGAUAUUUCUGCCAGUGAUGGACAACAUGUUUUUACCGAGAUCUGGCCCUCCGGCGAGUGUGAAUCGUCUCCUGACAGUAACGCUGACUCUCCUCAAAUAUCGCCAGACAAACUAUCUGUGAGAUUAGAGCCGUCCACCGGUCCCCCUGGAGUAAAGGAAGAUUCUGUCCUAGCAAAAUACGUAGAACGUUUUCGUCAUGGUCGGCCUCAGAGUCGAGAGGAGCGCCAGCAGAUGGCCUCUACUGAUGGAGAAGAACAGAUGCCUUUUUGGUGGACGGCCCACUCAUCAGGCCCCAGUUUGACCCGGACUAAAUCAUUGGAGAAGGGUAUACUCCCAGUUGAUGGCAGUGACCCCACCGCUUACAGUCCAGCCGGGCAGCCUCAACGUGACAGAUCCUUCAAUGUUGUGUCUGAUUCCUCGCAAGGGGAAUUCGAUGAAACAGAAAUCUUGCACCUCCAAGAAAGAGCGAGCAAACUCCUACUGAGAGGUGAAUGUAGUCCGAGUGAUGGAGACUUCCCUGUCAGCUCAGAUGGCCUAGGAUGCUCCGAUUUCUCCUCUCCAGUGAGCGUGGACGAGCCAGUGCGGCAACCUCUGAUUCCCAGUGUGUUAAAACCAACGGCUGUGCGGGUCAUUCCAGAGUGGGCUCGUGCUGCACCCUUCCAGAAAUCUGUCAUCCCUACCAUGACACCCCCCACGCGUCCAGAGGAUGAUAUUUUGUUCCAGUGGCGUUUACGGAGAAAGAUGGAGCAGGCGAGAGGCUGGUCGCAGUCCAUGAAACAAUCAGGGCUGCAGGAUUCUGCCUUCAGCUGGCAGGCCCCCAGUUUGGUCCACCAAUCAGCCGGGGGACAGCCUUAUAAGCAGAACUCUCAGCCUCGGCAGUUCUCAGAAAGAGAUGCUUAUGCACACGGGACUGUUCCCCGAGCAGAAAUCACAGAGGCCCACAGACUGAGUCCUCCACUCCUCCCUGCUGCUGUUGUGCCCUCUUCUUCUAUGACGUCUCAAACCCAGGCUCUUUCCCACGUUCCUGCUCACAUGCAUUUACUCUGUGAUGUCCUUCCCUGCCCCGGCCAGUCAUCCCGUGCUACUGGUGAGCAAACCUUUUCACAGAUGGUGUCUGAGCCCCAAACCAAAGUUGUCCACAAAAAAACCCAAGUCUCAGAAAGCUUAUCGGGCACCAACAGCGACGGGCUUAUUAAAGAAUGUCGGCCACCCUCACCACCUGCAUCAUCUGGAAACAUAAUAGAGGAGGGGCCUAGUCAGCAAAAAGUACCCGAUAAGAAGAAGAAGAAGAAACUGGUGACAAAAGAGUCGGACCAGAAGACGGGACUACCUUCCAGGCAGCAGAGGAAACCUGCGAGGGAUUGUUCAAAUCCGAGCCUUCCAAAAAACACCACAGCAUCUAAAGAGCAGCAUCAACAGGAUGGAAGCGAGGACGUUCCCGAUGACCGCUGCGUUGGACGUCAUGUACCACCAUCCUCUCCACUUCACAUGGCUUUAGGACAGGUGGUUUCAGAGGUUUUGUUCCCGACUGCGGCGCAGGAGACUCCUGUUUCAUCAGCUUCUCCUCCUGAAAUCAUCUCCUCACCUUCACAGUCCCCAGUUCCUUUGUACGUCACACCGAACUCCCUGGAAGUCAUUUCACGGCUGAUUCAAGAGGCUGAAGAUUCUGAUGGAGAAGAAUUUGAAGACGACGCUCUGUUACAAGUCCUCCGCCACCAGAGAAAAUGGGUGAAAGAUCAGAUCAGAGAGGUGGAUGUGAUGCUGAAUGAAUUGGAGGAACAACCAGUUGCUUGAACAAAUCAGACUUUUUUUGUUUUGUUUUGUAGUUUUGUAUUGAAAUAAAGUUUAUUUAUAUUAAAGGAUUUCAACAUACAGUUUGGAGUAUUUCUUUGUGCAUUAAUCACAUUCACAAUGUA